CCUUGCGGAGGUUGUAUGCUACCAGAGAUGACAUCUUUAAGCGUUAAGAAGCCAGAGACGUUGGAAGAACUGAAAGAAGGGCUUAGGCAGGCCUUCAGCGGCGACAAGGUGAACAUUGAAUUUGUAAGCGACCUUCUAAAAUCCUACACCAGUAAUCCACAGGAAUGGAAAAAGUUUGCAAAAUUCGACAGAUACAGGUACACGAGAAAUUUAAUUGACGAAGGGAACGGAAAAUACAACCUGAUGUUACUUUGUUGGGGUGAAGGGCACGGGUCAGCUAUCCACGACCACGCCGAUGCUCAUUGUUUCAUGAAAAUUCUCGAAGGGAAGCUGAGCGAAGUGCGGUUUGCCUGGCCAGACGAAAAAGAGGUGUAUAUAGCUGAUGACGAGUACAACCCGAUGAAAGAAACCGGACGAACAACGCUGAGGACGAAUGAAGUCUGCUAUAUAAAUGACAGCUUGGGACUUCACCGUGUGGAAAAUCCGAGUUCUUCAGAGCCGGCAGUGAGCCUUCACUUGUACUGUCCCCCUUUCGACCAGUGCCACGUCUUUAACCAGCAGACCGGUCACAAGUCUGUAGCCAAAGUUACCUUUUGGUCAAAAUACGGAAGCAAACCGGACCCGAAAAUACAAGAUGAAAGGGCACCUGAGGACAAUUAAACUGAUUUUCGCAACGUCCUUGGCGACGCUGUUAGAUCAAAAAGAUAGUUGAUCAACCUAUAAUUGAGGCCUCACUGAAACUGAAUAUAUGUACACUGUGAAUAAUUUUGUUAUAAAACGUUAAUGUUGUAAAAAAUCAAAAUGUGUAGUUGAAAAUAAAUAUAUUUUUCAUGCUAUAAUCAA